AUGGAGAGAGGAACGAAGCGUAAUCAGCCGUGGGUUUCCGACGAUGCUUUUAGGGUAGAACACCCAUACGAGGAGUCAGUCUUUGAGAAAUGUCUGUCCAGUAGUGGCGUGUUCGAUUCCCUGACGGAUCCUAUGGGGAACUCGGUGGACGUGAGUAACCUAGAGGGCUUGGUGUUCGCUGUUACAUCAAUUCUCCAAAGCGGGACUAUUUGCACAUACAAGAAUGCAUAUGUAUCUUGCAUUAAUACGGAUCUGCCCUCCUCCUCGUACGCUGUGGAUGCCAGACUAAAAAAUGUCAUCAACGUCACCAAACUUGAAAUGGAGAUAAACAGCGUAUGCAGCGCAGACAUUACAAGUCUGAUCUCUGCUGUUCAGAGUUGUGAGCAACACAUUACUACAAUCAGAACCUCCUGUAUAAAUGUUGAUUAUACUUCUGAUGCCAACUUCUGUGCAAAUACAAUACCUUCCCUUUUGGAGUGUCUAACAACUUAUUGUGGAACAACUUUAUCUGGAUUUGUUCGCCAAGAAGUCAUCAAUAUUUUUUCUCAGUCAUGUUUGGAUGAAUUCAUUACAACAACCACUGUUUCCACCACAAUGGGAUCAACUACAACUGCUAUUCAACCAACUACCAUACAAACUACCACAACAGAAUUUACCACUAUCACUACACAACAGACAACCACACAACCUACAACUGAAUACACUACCAUCACUUCUCAAAUGACUGACACACAACCCACAACCAACACUACUGUACAACCGACCAGUACUCAAAUGACCAGCACACAAUCCACAACAGAAGCCACCACCACUACUCCUCAAAUUACCACUCAGACCACCACAAUGGAAUACACCACCACCACUCCUCAAAUCACCACACAGAUCACAACAAAAUCCACCACCACUACUCCUCAAAUUACCACUCAGACCACCACAACAGAAUCCAUCACUGCUACUCCUGAAAUUACCACUCAGACCACUGGAACAGAAUCCACCACCAUCACUCCUCAAAUUACCACUCAGACAACUACAAUGGAAUUUACUGCCAUCACUCCUCAAAUUACCACUCAGACCACCACAAUGGAAUCUACCACCAUCACUCCUCAAAUUACCACAACAGAAUCCAACACCACUACUCAACAAACUACAACACAACACACCACAAUCACUACUCAACAGACCAACACUCAACCCAUAACAGAAUCAACUGUUACUACAACUCAGGAAACUACUAUACAACCCUCCACAGCAGAAUCUACCACUAUACAAUCAAGUACCACACAAUCAACAUCCACAGAUUUAGAGACCACAGCUGGUACUCUGAGCAAUGCCACAGCAACUCAACCAUAUCCAAACAUGGACAGUGGAUGUGCCAAAGUUACAAUGAAAACAAUAUACUUGGUUUUAUUCCUAAUCUUUGCUAAAUUUUAG